GUGGCUUCUCUUAUUGUGGAGCACGGGCUCUAGGCGCGCGGGCUUCAGUAGUUGUGGCUCAGGGGCUCUACAGCACAGGCUCAGUAGUUGUGGCGCAUGGGCUUAGUUGCUCCACAGCAUGUGGGCUCUUCCCAGACCAGGGCUCGAACCCAUGUCCCCUGCAUUGGCAGGCGGAUUCUUAACCGUCUUCCCUGGCCCUUCUUUCCUUUGGCUUUAGGGGAGAGCUGCGGGCAGAAUAUGGUGUGCCUGACUUGCUCUGUGGGACACUGGGUCCCCAGGGAAUCAGUUGUCUCCAAGUGUCCUCACUGUGUCUUGCUCAGCUUUGCCCUCUUCUUCCUCAAAAGUUGAGUGGUUUCCCAACCUGAGCUCACAGCAGGCUCUAUUCCCCUGUCCUCUUCCAUCCACCUAAAGCACAUUCGCACACUGGCAGGAUACCCAAACACACCCAUCACUGACUGCGCCCUGGGAGUGUGCUCUGUUCCCAUUACCUGGGCUCAUGGUGAUACCAAUUGUCAUGAGAUUAUCUGCCCCCUUCCACCCUUGAGCUCUUAGUGUGGACUGUCCCACAUUCACCUGAGACAGUGUAGCCAGUCCUCCACCUAUGUGGCAUCACCAGUUCCCCUGUGACCCGUCCAAGGUACAGUCUGACCCAAACUCUCUCUUGCCUCCAUCGAGCCCUUCAAGUUUUUCCCUGAUCUAAGGCCAGCAUUUCUCCUUCCUCAGCAUACUUAGAAUGUCAGACAGCUAGAGGCGGCCUCAGAAUCCUGACAAUACCCUGGUUCUUGGCUUCGGGCCCAGAUUCUUAGGAGUCCUCAGUGGUAGGAAUAGGGUCUAAAGUUUCUAACAUUUUGCUUUUUAAUAGCAUUUUUUUCUAAUUACAAAGUAAUGCACGCAUGCUCAAGCAGAAAACUUGGAAAAAGCAGAAACGUAUAAGGGAAUUUUAAAAGUCACCCUAUUUAUCCCAUUCACCCCCUCAGUGGGCCAGUGCCUGGAACAGAUUUGGUGCGUAAUAAAUAUUUGUUGAAUGAAUUAUCUUUGAUCCCAUCACCCAGAGAUAAAAGCCACAAUCACCUUUUGAUUGUUUAUCCUUCCAGUCAUAGAUAUGUUAUACUACCUAAAUAAGAUCAUAUUGUACACAGUUUUAUGGCCUGCUUUUUUUCUCUCGGCAAUACACUAUGUGUUUUCCCAUAUUGAUAGCUUUUUUACAUCAUUAAUGCUUUCAUAUUAUUCUUCAAAUGGCUCUACCAUAAUUUUCCCAGCCAAUUCUCUACCAUUGGGCAUUUAAGUGAUUUCCAGUUUUCUGUUGUUACAACAUCUUGCCACCCAUCCUAGUACAUAUGUUUUUGUCCACAUAUCUAUUUUUUAGGAUGCAUUCCUAGAAGUGGAAUUGCUGGGUUAGAAGAGUAGGCACAUUUUAAGAUAUCUCAUGCAUACUGACAAAAUGGCACUGCUAAUUUACCCUCCAAGGCUAUUGCCAGUUUUCAAGAAGACCUAAGUAAGUAAAGAAAAUCUGGUACAUUUUAUCUCUGGACUAGGUAACACAGACUCAUCAACUCUAAGCUUUUGGCCAGAAUUACAGCAAUUCCGACCCACCAUGUUAGUUAUUGACACUUGCUGACCGGAAGCUAACUGGCUAUCAGGUUUUGGAUCAGUAUGGAAAGAGAAAGCAAGUUAGUGACUUAAAGCCUAUCAACUUUUCCGGGGGCCAAAAUAUUCAAAACCUGGUGACCCGUGAGGAGUCCUAGUAAUAAAAGCAUUGGGGACAACUGGACCCCGGUGUCUGGCAUGGGCCCAGGACAGAAUCUUAAUUCUACAGGUGGGGCACUGCGACCCUGCCCGUGUCUAAACGCCCAACUCUCCUGACUCAAAGUCCACGCUGCUGCCCCAACUUAGUGCUACUCAAAGGAGGGCCACCCACUUGCCCCAACCUGCCCUGCCCCGAAAGGUGCCGCACACCGGCAGCGCCGCCCUGGCGGUGACCUGAUGCGGUUCAGCUGGCAGCUGCGCAUGCUCCGUCCUGCGCGCAGCCUCUAGGCGCCAGAGGGCGCGCUCCCCUCCAAGGCCCCGCCCCCACGGCCCCGCCCUCUGAGCCGUUGGGAUUUGAAUCUCCGGCGGGCUGCGGCUGGAAGUACCGACCCUCCAGUCCGGCAUGGAAAGCCCGGGCCCCAGCGUACGGUGCCCGGUGCAAGAGCAGCGUGCCCGUUGGGAGCGGAAACGCGCCUGCACUGCCCGGGAGCUGCUGGAGACCGAGCGGCGCUACCAGGAACAGCUGGGGCUGGUGGCCACGUACUUCGUGGGGAUUCUGAGAGCCAAGGGCACCGUGCGACCACCAGAGCGCCAGGCCCUGUUUGGGCCCUGGGAGCUCAUUUACGGCGCCAGCCAAGAGCUGCUUCCCUACCUCGAAGGAGGGCGCUGGGGACAGGGGCUGGAGGGCUUCUGCCCCCACCUGGAGCUCUACACCCAAUUUGCUGCCAACGCUGAGAGGUCCCGGACCACCCUGCAGGAGCAAUUAAAGAAGAACAAACGUUUCCGGAGGUUUGUGCGACUUCAGGAAGGUCGCCCUGAGUUUGGGGGCCUUCAGCUCCAGGACCUGCUCCCUCUGCCUCUGCAGAGGCUCCAGCAGUAUGAGAAUCUUGCCAUUGCUUUGGCUGAAAACACAGGUCCCAACAGCCCUGACCAUGAACAGCUCACAAGGGCUGCCCGGCGGAUAAGUGACACUGCCCAGAGAGUCCACACCAUCAGUCAGAAACAGAAGAAUGACCAGCACCUCCAGCGUGUCCAGGCUCUGCUCAGUGGACGGCAGGCAAAGGGGCUUAUCUCAGGUCGCUGGUUCCUACGCCAGGGUUGGCUGCUGGUGGUGCCUCCCCGAGGGGAGCCUCGGCCCCGAAUGUUCUUCCUCUUCUCUGAUGCACUCCUCAUGGCCAAGCCUCGACCUCCAUUGCAUCUGCUGCAGAGUGGCACAUUUGCUUGCCAGGCCCUCUACCCCAUGGCUGAGUGUCAACUCCACAGGGUCUUUGGCCACUCAGGAGGCCCCUGUGGUGGACUGCUCAGCCUGUCCUUUCCCCACGAGAAGCUACUGCUUAUGUCCACAGACCAGGAGGAGCUGUCGCACUGGUACCGCAGUCUGACUUUGGCCAGCAGCAGCCAGAAGAACUAGAGGAAUCUUACAAAUUCGAGUCCAGGAUACCUCAGAGUCGGGAGUACAAAGGAAUCUUCUUCAGUACUAACAAAACACAGACUCUUCACGGUUUGAGAAGGGUCAUUCUGUGUUUGCGUGAGACCAAGACACGCCAUGUCAUUUGACCAGCUCUUGAGAAUCCGGACACCAAACCUGACCCAACUGAACCUCAGCUGAACCAGCUAUUUUUAUGUUGUAUGUAGUUUCUAUAAUUUAUUUUCCCACAGGAUUUUAGUAAAGUUUUUUCUUUUUUGGAGAA